CCGAACCAAACAGCCACACGGCGCCGCCCAGCCCGUCCACGAGCACACGCAACGCCACCCCCGACCCGCGCGCCAGUUAAUUGGCGCAGCGCCGCGCACCUGGCGCCUGGGUGUCGUGUCGUCGCCGCAGGGAGGAGGGCCAGAGAGACGCAGAGGCGAGGAGGCCAUGGACCUGUACUACCAGCAGGCCGCGCCGGCGGCGAGGAGGCCGUGGGCCAAGGAGGAGGACAAGGCGUUCGAGGCGGCGCUGGUGACGCUCCCGGACCACGCGCCCGACCGGUGGGAGCGCGUCGCGGCGCGGCUCCCGGGGCGCACCCCGCAGGAGGCCUGGGAGCACUACCAGGCGCUCGUCGCCGACGUCGACCUCAUCGAGCGCGGCGCCGUGGACACGCCCGACUGCUGGGACUUCGACGACGACGGCGACGGCCGCGCCACCGUGGCCUCCUCCCGCGGCCGCCCCGCCGGCAAGGCCCGCGGCGAGGAGCGCCGGCGCGGCAUACCCUGGUCCGAGGAGGAGCACAAGCUGUUCCUGGACGGGCUGGAGAAGUACGGGCGGGGGGACUGGAGGAACAUCUCGCGGUUCGCGGUGCGGAGCCGGACGCCGACGCAGGUGGCCAGCCACGCGCAGAAGUACUUCAUCCGCCAGGCCAACGCCGCCACGCGCGACUCCAAGCGCAAGAGCAUCCACGACAUCACCACCCCUUGACCGCCCAAGUCGACGGCGACACACUCCCUUGUUUAAUCAGUCGCCGCUACUCCCGUGGCCGUAAUCUUAUCCUAGUUACUACAUGAUGACGUGUACAUUAUAUAAAUCCUUUGUACUACCACUAGUACUUAGACUUAGCCUUAAGAAGAAGACUCUGACGAACAACUUGGCUCGGGCGGACGGAGGCUGUGGUUCCCGGCCAGCAAAUGGUUUACUAGUGUCUAGCUAGAUUUUACUAUGAGUCUGUUAGAACUAAUGGAGUUUGACGUGGCAAAAAAGAUCGUGUCUAGUCACUGUUCCUAUGGAUUUACUAUGAUUCUGUGGCAUGCUGCCGUCGUAGCUGGACUGGAUAAUGUUGUA